AUGCCACAGAGCAGUGCCUACAGCUGCCUGGGGUACGUGCUGCUGGCACUCUGCAGCCUGAAGCCCACCCUCUCCUUUCCCAACUCCUCUCCACUGCUGAAUCCCAGCUGGGGGAACGUGGAUCGCCUGAUGCACCUCUACACAGCUACGGAGAGGAACAGCUUCCAUCUCCAGAUCAACGCUGAUGGCUACGUUGAUGGUGUCCCACACCAAACCAUAUACAGUGCCCUGAUGAUCAAGGCUGAGGGUGCUGGCUCAGUAGUAAUCACGGGUGUGAAGAGCGGGCGCUACCUGUGCAUGGACAUGAGUGGAAACAUUUUUGGUUCGCAUUACUUCAGCCAAGAGGACUGCACGUUCAACCACAGAACGCUGGAAAAUGGAUAUGAUGUGUACCAGUCUCCCAAACACAGCUUCCUGGUUAGCUUAGGUAGAGUUAAACAAGCUUUCCUCCCCGGUACGAAUCCACCACCAUACUCUCAGUUUUUGUCCAGGAGAAAUGAAAUCCCCUUGUUUCGAUUCAACACACCCGAGCCCCACAGAAUUACCAGAAGCGCAGACACUGAUCCAAUGGAUCCCCACCAGAUCCUCGUCCCGCAGAGAAAGAUCUCUGUGUUCAGAUCCCAGCUGCAGCAGCAAGCAGACUUCUCCCACAUGCCCAGAGAACCCAUGAGAAUCAACCAGAACGACGUGGUCAACCCCGAUGACCCCCACGCUAUGAUGGAUGCCAGGAGGUACCCAAGUCCUCGCUUUUAUAUUACAAGAUAA